AUGACGACUCGCGUUGAAAAAGUGGAAAUCCUGGGUGCGAAGACCAUCCAUGUCGGAUACCAAAUGAGAGAACACGUGUGUGAGGAGAUCGUUGGAAACAAGGCCUCGUCUACGUAUGUGCUCAUCACGGACUCGAAUAUCGUCAAUGCCGGCCAUCUGGAUGCUUACAAGUCGAGCAUGUUGCUGGCCAUGAGCAAAUUGAGGCCUGAAUCGCGGCUGCUGACUUAUGUGGUGUCGCCUGGCGAGUCCAAUAAAAAUCGUGCCACCAAAGCCGCGAUCGAGGACUACCUGCUUUCCCAGGGAUGCACCAGAGACACCUUCAUCAUUGCUAUUGGUGGAGGAGUUAUUGGCGACAUGAUUGGAUUUGUGGCGGCAACUUUCAUGAGAGGCGUUCGGUUUGCCCAAGUGCCGACCACACUUCUGUCCAUGGUGGACUCCUCCAUUGGAGGAAAGACUGCCGUGGAUACUCCGCUGGGCAAGAAUUUCAUUGGCUCUUUCUGGCAGCCAGACUACGUUUUUGCAGACAUCGCUUUUUUGGAAACGCUACCGGAGCGUGAGUUCAUCAACGGUAUGGCCGAGGUGAUCAAGACUGCUGCUAUUUGGGACGAGGCUGAAUUUGCAAGACUAGAGAAGCACACAGAGGUUUUUCUGGAGGUUGUGAAAAAUCGGAAGCCAGACAAUAGCGUAGACUUAGCUCCUAUUCUGGACCAUAUCUUCAAGUUGGUAUUGGGAUCGAUCAGAGUCAAGGCAGAGGUUGUCUCGUUAGACGAAAGAGAGGGCGGUCUGCGGAAUCUGUUGAAUUUCGGCCACUCCAUCGGACACGCGUACGAGGCCAUCCUGACACCGCAAGCCCUCCACGGAGAGUGUGUGGCUAUCGGAGCUGUGAAAGAAGCAGAAUUAAGCAGAUACCUUGGAAUUCUACCCCCUGUUGGCGUUUCCCGACUGGCCAAAUGUUUCGCAGGCUACGGGCUUCCAAUUUCUCUGGACGAUAAAGUUUUGCAGAGCCGGAUCAACGGCAAGAAGUGUCCCGUGGACGUUUUGCUCAAAAAGAUGUCUGUGGAUAAGAAAAACGAUGGAUCAAAGAAGAAGGUGGUUUUGCUCAAGAGUAUCGGCGAGUGCUACGAGCCAAAAGCCUCGUAUGUCAAUGACGAAGACCUGAGAGUGGUUCUGACCGACGAAAUACUCGUGAAGCCAUUUGAAAACGUGCACCAGGACGUAGUGGUCACUCCGCCAGGCUCAAAGUCUAUUUCGAACAGGGCUCUGGUCAUGGCUGCUCUGGGAAAGGGCGUCUGCAAGAUUAAGAACCUGCUGCAUUCGGACGACACCGCACACAUGCUGACGGCAAUGACGGCACUGAAGGCGGCCACUGUCUCGUGGGAGGACAAGGGCGAAACGCUGGUUUUGAACGGGAACGGCGGCCAGCUCGUGGCGUGCGACGAGGAAAUCUACCUCGGAAAUGCGGGCACCGCUUCGCGGUUCCUCACGUCUGUUGCCUCGCUCGUUGGCGUGAACGGUGACCUUGAUCACGUGGUUCUCACUGGGAACAAAUGGAUGCAGAAGCGGCCGAUCGGUCCUUUGGUCGACGCUCUUCGGGACAAUGGCUCGAGCAUCGAGUACCAGAACAACGAGGGCUCGCUGCCGCUCAAGAUCCGGUGUGGACGGGGACUCAAGGGCGGCAGAAUCGAGCUGGAGGCUACUAUCUCCUCGCAGUACGUCUCGUCGAUUCUCAUCUGUGCUCCGUACGCCGACGAGCCGGUCACGCUGGCCCUUGUUGGCGGCAAGCCGAUCUCCCAGCUAUACAUCGACAUGACCAUCAGAAUGAUGAGCGCGUUCGGCAUCCACGUGACCAAGUCGACUACCGAGGAGCACACGUAUCACAUUCCAAAGGGCAGCUAUGUGAAUCCGCCGGAAUACGUGAUCGAGAGCGAUGCCUCAUCUGCCACGUAUCCGCUGGCUUUUGCUGCCAUGAACGGCACCAAGUGCACUAUUCCCAACAUUGGCUCGUCCUCCUUGCAGGGCGAUUCCCGGUUUGCUGUCGAGGUGCUCAAACCUAUGGGUUGUACCGUGACGCAGACAGAGACGUCUACUACUGUGCAAGGUCCUCCGGUUGGUCAACUGAAACCUCUGCCGCUGGUUGAUAUGGAGCCUAUGACGGAUGCGUUCCUGACAGCGUCGGUGGUGGCUGCCAUCGCCAACGGCCAGGCUCAGCCGACCUCGAUUGUGGGGAUUGCCAACCAGCGUGUCAAGGAAUGCAACAGAAUUGCAGCCAUGAGGACGCAGCUGGCCAAGUUCGGCGUCAAGGCCGAGGAGCUCGACGACGGCAUCCAGAUUUAUGGAAUCGACUACAGGGACCUCAAAACCCCUGAGAAGCCAGGAGUUUAUCCGUACGACGAUCACAGAGUAGCCAUGAGUUUCUCGCUGCUAGCUGGCUUCUGCAAAGAUCCAGUGAUCAUUCAGGAGAGAAGGUGCACUGCCAAGACGUGGCCCGGCUGGUGGGACGUUCUGCACACCCAGUUCGGGGCCCAGCUGGACGGUUACGAACCGGCGCAAGCGGAGUCCGUUGCUGCACAGCGGAACGGCGACAAAAGCAUUGUUGUGGUCGGCAUGAGAGCUGCUGGCAAGACCACGAUGUCCAAGGUGAUUGCGCAGCGGACCGGCUUCAAAUACGUUGAUCUUGACGAGGAGUUCGAGAAGAUUGUUGGAAAAACAGUCAAGCAGUACGUGCAAGAGACCAGCUGGGAGGAGUUCAGAAAGAAGGAGCUGGAACUCACCAGAAAAUACGUGACGGAGCACAGUAGCGGUCACGUGAUAGCUACUGGCGGGGGCAUCGUGGAGACUCCAGAGGCCAGAGAGCUGCUCAAAGACUACGCCAGGGCGGGAAUAGUUCUGCACUUGCAGAGAGACAUUGGCGAAACCAUCGCUUUCCUCUCGGAAAAAGACACUUCAAGGCCAGCGUACCAGGAAGAAAUCGAGUCUGUGUGGCAGAAAAGACGCGGGUGGUACGACGAGUGCUCGAACUACCACUUUUUUUCGCCUCACUGCAGCUCUCCACAGGAGUUUGACACAUUGAAGCGCUCCAUGGCGCUCUUCAUCGAGGAGAUCACCGGAAUAAAAUCCGUUGAGGUGCCGCGGAGCACCUCUUUCUUUGUGUGUCUCACGUAUCCAGAUCUGAAGGAGGCUCUUAGCGACCUUGAAGAGAUCACCACCGGCUGCGACGCAGUUGAGCUUCGUGUCGAUCUGCUCAAAUCCUACGACGCCUCAGAUGUUUCAGAGCAGGUUGGACUGCUGAGGAAUCACACUAGCUUGCCAAUUGUGUUCACUGUAAGAAGCGUUUCGCAAGGAGGAAGGUUCCCCGACGGCAACUAUGAAAAGGUGCAGGAGCUGUGCGAGCUGGCGUUCAAAUUAGGCGUCGGUUUCCUGGACCUCGAGCUGUCGCUUCCGGAAGGGCUUUUGGACACCCUUUGCUCCAAAAGACGGUUCACCAAGAUCAUCGGGUCUCAUCACGACUUUGCCGGCGCUUUCAAAUGGGACUCUGCUGAGUGGGAGAGCAAGCACCUGCUGGCAAGACGUCUGAACGUCGACGUGGUGAAAUUUGUUGGAAUGGCCAAGGAGUACAAGGACAAUUACCUUCUGGAGCAGUUUAGAGAGUCCCACACAGAAAAGCCUCUCAUUGCAAUCAACAUGGGACAAUACGGACAAUACUCGCGUGUGGUGAAUCCUGUGCUUACUCCGGUGACUCAUGAGCGUCUGCCAAAUGCCUCGGCUCCGGGCCAGUUGAGCAUCAAACAGAUCUUCCAGGCACGGUCUUUGAUUGGACUGGAGACUCCAAAACACUUUUGUGUGGUUGGCGAGCCAAUCGGUCACUCAAGAUCGCCCGCCUUGCACCAGGCAGCUUAUGAAGUGUUUGGCUUACCACAUACGUUUGGAAAGUUUGAGACUUCCGACCCCCAGGUGGUCAAGGACAAAGUGCUGUCUGAUCCCUUCUUCGGUGGCUGUGCCAUCACCAUCCCUCUGAAGGUCGACAUGAUGAGGUACGCAGACGAGCUCUCCGAGUCUGCCAAAACCAUUGGUGCCAUCAACACCCUGAUUCCUAUUGGGAACGGAAAAUUCAGGGGAGAUAACACUGACUGGCUAGGAAUCACUCAGUCCUUUAUUAACAACGGCUGCACUUCCACAAUCACAGGCAACGGCCUGGUGAUCGGUGCUGGUGGAACCUCGCGUGCAGCUGUGUUUGCUCUGCACCAGAUGGGUUGCCAGAAGAUCUACGUUCUGAAUAGAACGGCUUCCAAGAUUGCAGGUAUCAAAGCACAUUUCCCGGAGUCGUACAAUAUCGAGGUUCUUGAUUCUCUUGAGUCGGUGAAGGAGAUGGAUCAGAUUCUGCUCGUUGUGUCCACUAUUCCAGGCGACAACGAGAUCGAGCGGGCUUUCCAGGAGAAGAUCGAGACUGCCCUGUCCAAGGGUAGCAGCCCGAAAAUGCUUUUGGAGGCCGCUUACAAACCUCUGGAGACCCCGAUCAUGAAGCUGGCCGGCUCAAAGUACGGAUGGAAGGUCAUUCCCGGCAGAGAAAUGCUGGUCAACCAGGGCAUCCACCAAUUUGCUCGUUUCAACGGACUGACACCCCCGUUCAAACCAGUCUACGAGGCUGUGAUUAGGUAA